AUUCCAUUUCUCCCACGUGUUUACGAUGUUCACCACCUCUGUACAUAGUGUGUGUCAGUGUGUUGUUGAUACGAUUCUAACCUAACUUUUUGGGAAUGGGAUCAGACUUUAAUUUAUAAAGUCUCUAAAGUUAAAUAAACGUCAGUAAAAGUGUACUUACCUUGUAACCAGGAAAAAACUUGGCUUUAAAUUAUAGGAUUUGUAAUACACUCGUGAUUAUUAUUACUUGCAAAGUAUAAUAGAUACUAAAAAUUUGAGUUACAAAAUAUUAUAUUGAUUCAAACUAAAAUUUAGAGUUAGGACCCAUGGAUUUUCAAGUUUUCGUUGGUGGGUUGUCCGGAGUUUUUAAAGGUUUAAAAAUAUCUCACAACAAGGGUGUUCACAAUGUGAAAAAUCUGCAAAAAUUAAAAGAAAUCACCCAGAGGAAUGAAGUGACCGUUCUGAACUGGGCAGACAAGCUGGAGAGUGAAAUAUUGAUUGGCUACGGAAGUCAGCUGGUGAAAAUAUUUGAUCUGAACACCAACACUUUUACGUACAGUGAAGAAAAGAAAGUUGGAGAUGGUUCGAUAUGUGGAAUAUUCAAGUUAAAUGAGUCGCUGGUGACAGCGGUAGAGUCGGGUGUGGUGAAAGUAUGGAAGGAGAACAGCACAGUGCUGGACACUGGAGGACCACUGAGCCGCAUGAGGCAGAGCCCCAGCCAGGAGACCAUCAUUGGCACAGGGGGGAAAGAGAAUGACCUGAAACUGUGGGACCUGGAGACGGGGAAAACUACGUUUCAAGCAAAAAAUGUACGCCAUGACGAGUUGGAACUUAGGGUGCCUGUGUGGGUGAUGGACUUAGCAUUCAAGCCCAACUCCAGCCAAGUAGCCGUGGCCACCAGAUACGGCCAUGUCAGACUGUACGACCCCUCAACUCCUACCAGACGACCUGUCUGUCAGGUCACAGCCAAGGAUCUGAGUUUCACCUGUAUUGCCAAUGCACCAAAGGAGAACCAUGUAGUGGUGGGCUGUACGACGGGCAACAUGUACUUGGUAGACCUGCGCGGCAAGGGCCUGCUGCUCAACAAGUACCGAGGGUUCAUGGGUAGCGUGCGUCAGGUCGCAUGUCCCACGACGGAGCCGUACAUUCUCAGUGUCAGCCUUGACCGUCACUUCCGUGUGCACCAUCUCAACACCAAACAGCUAUUGUUUAAGGAAUACAUGCAGUCUCGAUUAUCAGGCUUACUUGUCAAGUCAAGUUUUACAAUGGAAGAUGUAAAGGAAGAGAGCGUGGAGGGUAAAGAGGAGUGUAAAGAAGAAGGCGAAGUAGAUGAAGAGUAUGAAAAUAUGUUUGAUCAAAUGGAAGUGAUAACUGAUAAACAGAAUAUUGAAGAAGAGAGGCCAAGAAAGAAACAGAAAACAAAAAGUAGCAAAAGUGUAACAGAGGAUAAAAUUGAAGAUAAUGGUCAACCAAACUCUGAAGAGGAUACAGAAGAUGUAACUGAAAAUCCAAACAAGUCAGAAAAAAGAACAAGAUCGUCAACCAGAUGUAAAACAAAACGGUUAAAAAAACAAACAUCUGAAGUCAUUGUUGUUAACUAGUGAUUUUGUUAAUAAUUAAAUAUAUUGUAAGAUA